AUGGUGAGCUCAGAUAUCUCAACCGCCUCUCCUAGAAAGCUGGAGGGCAAAGUGGCAAUCAUCACCGGCGGAGCUAGCGGCAUAGGCGAGAGCACCGCCAGGCUGUUCGUCCACCACGGAGCCAAGGUCCUCAUCGCCGACGUUCAAGACAAACUCGGACAGUCCCUCGCCGACAAACUCGGACAGUCCCUCGCCAUGGAUCUCGGCCCGCCGGAGAUCGUCUCCUUUGUCCACUGCAACGUUACAAGUGAUUCUGACCUUGAGAAUGCCGUUGAUACAGCGGUGUCAAGGUACGGCCAGCUAGACAUCAUGUACAACAACGCUGGAAUCGGAGGUAACCUCGACACCACCAUCUUAAACUCGGACAACGCCGACUUCAAGAAGGUGCUUGAAAUCAACCUCUUCGGAUCCUUCCUCGGAGCCAAACACGCCGCCAGGGUUAUGAUUCCCGCAAGGAAAGGUUGCAUCUUGUUCACCGGCAGCGUUGCCGCUUCUAUAAGUGGCGACUUGUCUUACGCAUACAAGGCUUCCAAGCAUGCUAUUUUGGGGCUCAACAACAACUUGACCGUGGAGCUGGGCAAGUACGGCAUCAGGGUCAACACCAUUUCUCCCUAUGGAGUGGCCACUCCCAUGGUCACAAGCGGCAUGCAAAUGGACAAGAAGGCUGGAGUGGCCACUCCCAUGGUCACAAGCGGCAUGCAAAUGGACAAGAAGGCUGCUGAGGAAUUCAUGUCCGCCGCUGGAAACUUGAGAGGGGCUAUCCUCGAACCCGAGGAUGUUGCUCGGGCUGCCUUAUACUUGGCCAGUGACGAUGCAAAAUACGUGAGCGGAUUGAAUUUGAUAGUUGAUGGAGGCCACAAUCACAACCAUCCGCUUUUUGGUGCAACAGAUUCGCUUGCCAACUGA